AUGGAGACGACUGAUCCUGCAGCAUCUACUAUUCCUUCCACCUCUGUUCCUUCUUCUUCGGCUAGUGGUGUGACCCUCGAGGCCAUCAUGGCGCAGCUUCAGCACAUGGAUGCUUGCCUUGACACUCUUACUGAUGAUUUGUGUCAGGUGACCACCCGUGUCGGUCAUAUAGCACGACAACAAGCUCGGCUUAGUGGUUUUGCUGCCUCUCCAUCUCUUUCUCCAGAGGCUUUGGCAGAUGAGGAUGGUGAUGAUGGUGAAUUGAAAUCUACAUACUCAUUUGAUUACAAGGAUCUUGUUGGAAUAAACUGUCGUUUGGAGGAACUGGAGAAUCUGCUAGACAUGGUGUUGGAUGUGGUUCGCUUAAUCGGGAUUUGGGGAACGGGUGGAAUGGGUAAAAUGACUUUAGCACAAGUUGUUUAUGACAGAUUUCAUUAUGAGUUUCAAGGCAGCAGCUUUCUUGCCAAUGUUAGAGAAGAAAGUGGAAAACACAGUAUUGUUCAUUUACAAAAACAACUUCUUUCUGAUAUUUUGAUUGAAACGAAUUUUGAUUUUCCAGAUUUUCGAUGGGGGAGUAAUGUGAUAAAGAAAAGAUUAUGUCGUAAAAAGGUUCUUGUCAUUCUUGAUGACGUGGAUAAGCUUGAUCAAUUAGAAGCAUUGGUAGGUGAGCAAAGUUGGUUUGGUGAAGGAAGUAGAAUUAUUAUUACAACCAGAGAUCAACAUAUUUUAAUCAGCCAUAAAGUGCCUGAAGCUCAAAUGUACAAAGCUAAGGAAAUGAACAAUGAUGAAGCUCUUGAGCUCUUAGUUGAAAAUCUAAAGUUAUGGGAAAGUACCCUAGCUCGGUGUAAAGACUAUCCUCCAAGAGAUAUUCUAGAUGUGCUUCAAAUAAGUUUUAAUGGCCUAGAGGAAAGAGAGAAAAACAUAUUUUUAGAUAUAGCUUGUUUCUACAGAGGAGGAGAUUUCGGAUCAUGGGCCCUUACUGCACCUCCAGACGUCGAUAUAGAUGUUCUUUCAAAAAAAUCUCUUAUAGACGUCUCAAAGGGAUACUUUCAGAUGCAUGAUUUACUACAAGAAUUAGGUAGGGAUAUUGUUCAUUGUGAAAACCUUGAAGAGGCUGGUUAUCGUAGUAGGUUAUGGGAUCAUGAGGAUAUCUUUCAUGUACUAAAAGAAAAUACAGGAACAAAAUCUGUUAAAGGCAUACUCCUUGGCCCACUUCUAGAAAAAGAGGAAUAUCUGAAUGCUAAAGCAAUUCCAAAGACGAUCAAUUUGGAUGCUAAAGCAUUUUCAGAGAUGAUCAACUUGGGAUUACUCAAAAUCAAUAAUGUAAACUUUCCUAAAGGCCUCAAUUAUCUUUCUAAUAAGUUACGUUUCAUUCUCUGGAAUGGAUAUCCCUUAAAAUCCUUGCCAACAAGUUUUGAGCCGUACAAACUUGUAGAACUCCAUAUGCAUUAUAGCCUCAUCAAAAAACUAUGGGAAGGAAUUAAGAGUUUAAACGAGUUAAAACUCAUUGACUUGAGUUACUCUAAAAACUUGAUUGAGACACCAGACUUCAGUGGAGUUCCAAAUCUUAAGCAAUUGAUUCUUCAAUGUUGUACAAGAUUGUCUAAGAUUCAUGAAUCUCUUGGAAAUCUCGAACAGCUAACUAGAUUGGAUUUGAGUGGUUGCACUGCCCUUAAAAGCCUUCUACGCAAGAUCAAUUUGAAAUCUCUUGAAGUUUUAAUCCUUUCUGGUUGUUCAAGAUUGAAGAAGUUUCCAGAUGUUGUGGAAAAUAUGUCAUAUUUGUGGAAGCUUUAUCUGGAUGGGACUGCUAUAGAAGAGCUACCAAUAUCAAUGCAGAAUCUAUCUGGGCUAAUUGAAUUGAAUCUUAGCAGAAGUUCUAUAAGAGUAUGGCACUUACUCCCAAAAAAUCUUGAAGUUUUAAUACUUUCUGGUUGUUCAAGAUUGAAGAAGUUUCCAGAUGUUUGGGAAAAUAUGUCAUGUUUGUCGAAACUUUAUUUGGAUGAAACAGCUAUAGAAGAGUUACCAUUAUCAGCACAACAUCUAUCCGGCCUUAUUAAAUUGGAUCUUAGAAAAAGUGCCAUAAGAGUAUGCCACUUACUACCAAAAAAUCUUGAAGUUUUAAUUCUUUCUGGUUGUUCAAGAUUGAAGAAGUUUCUUGAAAUUGUGGAAAAUAUGUCACAUUUGUCGGAGCUUUAUUUGGAUAGAACUCCUAUAGAAGAGUUACCAUUAUCAGUGAAGCAUCUAUCUGGCCUGACUAAGUUGGAUAUCAGCAGAAGUGCUAUAAAAGUAUGGCCCUUACUCCCCAAAAGUCUUGAAGUUCUAAAUCUCGAGGGAAUUAUCGUUGGCCUCCUUCACUCAAAAUUCCUGGAAGAGAAAUUCCAAAAUGGUUUAGCCAUCAAUGUGAGGGGGUUUCACUGA